AAAAUGGAUCAAAUUUUUCCCAAGGUCAACAACAACUGAUUGCAAUGGCCAGAGCACUAGUUCGUCAUUCCAAAUUGAUUAUAAUGGAUGAAGCUACUGCGAGUAUAGAUUUCAAAACUGAUCAUCUAAUACAAGCUACAAUUAGGAAAGAGUUUAAAGAUAAUACUGUUAUUACUAUUGCUCAUAGAUUGCGUACGGUCGCAGACUAUGAUAGAAUUCUGGUUAUGGAUGCUGGAAAUGUAGUUGAAUUUGAUAGUCCAUACAUACUGAUGCAAAAGCUUGAUGGGUUAUUUAGAGAAAUGUGUGAGAGAAGUGGUGAAUUUGCAGAAUUAAUGGAAAUUGCUAAGCAGAAAUAUGAGA